AUUCCGAAGCAUCCACCGAUACAGUAGGUUUCUAAAUCCUGGCUUUACUUACAUCUCUUGAAACUUGUGCUAUACCCCAGUUGCCCUCGUCUUAAGAUCGCUGACAAAGGCCAAGAAUACGAGACUAUAUGCUCUCCUUUAACAAAGUACCGAAGGUGGGAGUGGAUGAAAGCGGAUUGUGCGACUCCGCAAAUCUUGGCCCAUCCGUUCAUUCCCCAGUCUCUGCUGUGCAUCGCGUUUUACUAUGCGAUGAGCUCUUAACUCAUAUAUUGGCAGUAUACGAUGUCUUUGAAUCACCUCCAAUCAACAGGUCAUUGGAAGCCAACAGCAGACGUGAGCUUGCUUUGUUAGCAAGGGUCUGCAAAGUCAUCUCUGAGGUUGCGCUCAAUAUCCUAUGGAGAUGUUUAGAUGAGCCCUAUCCGCUCAUAUCUCUCCUUCGUAUUUCUCAGGACGACGCCGAGGAAAGUUCAAUAGUACCACCUCGUUUCCUCUACUAUGGCACUCGCAUUCGAAUUCUGAACGCAGGGGCUGAGUAUAUCGUUGUCUGGCUGAUCCGCAAUGUUAAGCAGAUGACAUCCCGACCUUUCCCUCGCUUAACUCGACUCAUAGUGAAUACGGACCCUCUCGAUCACGUCAGUGAUGUACAGCUCUUCAUUGUGCCUUCCCUUAGGUCUCUAACUCUAACCUUGUGUCCACGGGAAAAUCCCGCCUUGUCCGGCCUACUCGAUACCAUUCAUCGGACAGCACCUUAUAUUGAUGAGCUGCAGCUGGAAUGGCAUAAAUACGUGUUGAUGCGCACUGUCGAUGUUUGCGAAGUGCUGCGUGGCAUAAUCAAGUUCCAACACCUCAGAAAGCUGUCCACAGAUCUCGAGAUUUCCGUCUACCCGGGUCUCAUUAAAACGCUUUCGAAGUUGCCAACACUCCAAAGUCUGGAAUUCAAGUCUUAUGUCUCCGAUACACGUAACAUCUCUUGGAAUUUUUUCGCCUCUUCGACAGGCAUCGCUGCUUUGCGAUCUAUAACACUAUAUGGGUCUCUUCCAAUGAUACUCGCCCUACUUCCUGCUCUUCAUCGUUGCUCCAUUGUGACGUGCAACAUCAUAAUAGAAGAUACAUUGGAAGCUAUUGUGGACGGAUGCCAUCGGGACCGCCAACCUCAACUGGCGCAUGACAUCGUAUCAUUAUCUUCGACUCUCCAAUCACUCGUUCUUCAAACCGAAGAACCCCGCAGGACCCAUUUCCAGCCCCAAUACCCGUAUCGCAUUCUAAGAGCCGAUUUUAUACAAGAGUUUUUGGGAACAAGACUCCUCGAUGUCGAGCUAAUGUACAUUGAUGGCGAUGAUAUAACCGACUCGUUAUGCCAUGCCAUGAGCUUAGCAUGGCCAGAGUUGCGUAUCCUUCGCCUCGAGUCAUCAUCUCCACUCACCGGUCCACCCGCCCAUAUGGUUACUCUGACGGGCCUAAAAUAUUUCGCGUUGUAUUGUCCCGAUCUUCGUUCCAUCACUAUGCAGGUGAAUGGAACUGGAAACAAAUGGCAAGACGAAAUUGAUGCCACCGUACAUUUCAACGCAACGACCUUGGAAAAUUUGAAUCUCAAUGGCUCCCUUGUAGAUUCUCCCCGUCCUGUGGCAAUGUUUCUUCGAUGGUGUUUCCCCGGAGUCAGGAAUAUCGAAUCCCGUUGCAGGGAUACUUUUGAAGUCCGGGAUUUGACAGCUCAGCGAGCGUGGGACGAGGUUGUCUCACUGGUACAGGACUAUCGUCUUUCUUCCGAACAAGCAAUCUGAACUGUCUCGAUUUGACAUCCACGUAAGAUACUUUUGUUCUUGUGGUUCGCUUGAAUCGUGGUCUAUUCGUUAUCGUCCAUGACCCUGGUGUUCUACUUAUUGAUCCUGUUUGUUUGGCCCAGUCAAUCCCCGGCAUGUAACAUACUGAUGAUACUUCAUGAUACAAGAUCUAUGCUGUGUCUUCCUGGUCCUCACUGUCGCGCCUCGUAUCUCACCAUCGGAACAC